UGUACGUGCGCAGGACCCUGGCGGGCGAGUUCGUGGUCACAAACUCUCACCUCAUGGCCGAUUUGGUCCGGCUGGGGCUCUGGAACGAGUCGCUGAAGGAGCAGAUCAUGGCCAACCGGGGGUCCAUCCAGGCUAUCCCUGAGAUCCCGGACGACCUCAAGGAGCUGUACCGCACGGUGUGGGAGAUCAAGCAGAAGGUCGUGAUCGAUUUCGCAGCCGAUCGCGGGAUCUUCAUCGAUCAGUCCCAGAGCUUGAAUUUGUUCAUGGCCAAGCCGACGCCUGCAAGCCUCUCCUCGGCGCUAGUCUACGGCCACAAGCUGGGCCUCAAGACAGACGCUACUGCUUUGGAGAUACCGAGCGCUGACGGUGCGGCAUCUGCAUAG